AUGGAGCGAGUCGUCCGGUCCAACAAGAGAGCAGAAGUCGGACAGUGUGACAAGUCCAAGAGGGAGGCAAACAUCAGCAGAGAGUGUGGCCCCAAAGGCGCCGGCGUCUGUUUCCAGAGCCGUAGCCGUGGCCGUAUACUAGAGGUCCUGGGAAAGAGAGAAGACGAGAGCAAAUGGAAUGCCACACCUUACGCAGCAAGCUCUUCGACGCUAGCUCGGGUCUCAGGUACCGCAGCUUGCGGUGGCCACUCAGAGGCUCGCAGAAUGACACCGGCGGGAUGUUAUGGUGUGAGUGGUACAGCAUGUUCAGCUCCCACUUUGCGCGCGAGGGAUUUCCAGCCAAGUCAUGAGAGAUCCUGGGGUAGGAGCCUGUAG